AUGGAUAAAGUAACUUCAAAGCGAAUUAAAAAUAAUGUUUUAAAAAUUGAAAAAAGUUGUAAUGGUGAAAAGAAAAACUUAAAUAAAAGAAAAGUAAACAUGAAUAAAAAAAAAAGUGUUUUUGUUAAUGAAUUGAAAAAUGAAGAGGUUAUUAAAAAAAAUUUAAAAAAAGUCAAAAAUGAUAAAAUUUCAAAGAAUGCAAAAGAAAAGUUAGAAUCAACCUACUUAAUUAACACAAGAAACAAAGAAAACCUUAAAAAAGAAACACUUUUUAAAGAUUUAGAUAAAGAAAAAAGGAUGUCCAAUUUAAAUAGAGCAGUCGCAAUAAAGGGAAGAAAAAUUAUGAUUCCAGAAGAUUCUGUAAAUUUUUUGGUAAAUAAAAAAAAUGUUAAUUUGAACAGUUCAAAUUAUGAUAUUAUGAACUAUUUUCAAAAUAAUAAUAUUGAUACUAAUAAUUAUGAUAAUUUAAUAACAGAUAAUUAUAAUAAUCCUAAUUCUAAUAAUAAUAUCGAUGAUCAUAAAAGUUUAUUAAAUCAAAAUAAUUAUCUAAGUUUGAAAAACAAUAUAGAAUGCAAUUUAAUGAAUUAUAAAAAAUCAAAAUUAGAUAAAAUUCAUUUACAGAAUUUUAAUAUGAACAUUUAUAAAUCAAAUGAUAUAUCAAACAGCGAAACUAAUGUUGAAAAUAAAAAUGAUAUAUAUAUUAAUGAUAAUGAAUAUAUAAUAGAUAAUGCAAUUCUAUUAAAUGAAAAAAAAUUGCAAAAUAGUAAUAUUUUAGAGAUUAGCAAUAAGUCUUUUAAAGAAUCCAAAGGACUUAAUGAAAUAUUUGAUAUGAAUAAUUCAAAAGCAUCUAUUUUAUUAAGUAGAAAUUCUAUUUACACAUGUAAGGAUGAUAAUGUUAAUCAUAACAUUAUGAAUAAUAAUAAAAAUAAUAUAAAUGUUAAUGAUGAUAAUAAUAUUGUUAAUAAUAAUAAUCUUAAUAAUGGUAAUAAAAAUAACACGAAUAAUAUGAGUAUUGAGAAGGAUUUAAUAGAAAAAAAUGAAUGCAAAAAUGAAGAUAAUUAUAUUUAUAAAUAUAAAGAAAGAAACAAAGAGUAUCUAGAUUCCAUUAAUCUACCAUUUAAUAAUAAAAGUGAAGGAAAUAAAGAUUUACUUAUUAGUUCUAUUCAUAAUAGAAAUAUUUUAAAGAAUACUAAGUAUAAUGAAGAAUUGUUCUCCAAGAAUUUAAUUAAUUUUGAAAAUUUUUGUUCUUACAAAUUUAAAAAAAAUAUAAAUAAUAACAUAAUUAAUAAUAUUUGUAAUAUGUAUGAAGAAGAUGCAAAUUUUAAUGUUUUUAUUAAUAAAAAAAAAAUUGAAAAUGCUAAAAUAAAAGAUGAUUUUUUUAAGUUGAAAUCAAAUUCCUUUUUUCCCAUAAAAAAUGAUCAUUUUGAAGGAGAAAAAUUGUUUAAAAAACCAAAGAUAUCUUUAUAUAAUAUUUUGAUGAAAAAAAAUAAAUUUGAAGAUGCAACAAAACUAGAAAACAAAGAAAGUGAUAAAGCAUCAAACAUACUUUUAAAUCAUCAAGAUUUACUAAUUAAUAAAAGAGAAAAAAUUAUUAUAAACAAUGAUUCUAAUACAAAAAAUAUAAUGAAAAAUUAUAUAAAAAAUUUCUGGUUUAUUAGUAAAAAAGAGUUUUUUGGUAAAUAUUCAAACUCAUCUUUAAAAUUAGAAAACAGAGAAGUGGAAAAAUUAAAAGAGUUAAUUUCAUUUCGAUCUAAUGAAAAUUAUUCUAUCGAUGACCUUUUUAAUGAAAAUAAUGAUAUUAUUGAAGAAGAAUUUCUUAUAAAAGAUUAUAUUACAGAUGAAAAACUAAAAAAUUUUAGUUUAGAUUUAAUAGAUGGUUUUUUAUACGAUAAACAAUCUUUAUAUGAAAGAGAAAUGAUAGAAAAUGAAAAAAUAUUUACUCAUAUUUCUUUUAAUCAUAAAAAUUAUGAUGUAAAAAUAGAAAAACUAUUAAAUUUAUUUCCAAGAGAUUUUAUGAAAAAAUAUAAAAUUGUUAAAAAAUUAGGAGAAGGAGUAUAUGGAAAAGUAUUUAAUGCUGAAUCAUUAGAUGAUUCUUAUUUAAAUUUCGCCAUUAAAGUUCUUAGAUAUUUUUGGCCUAAUUUCAAGUAUAAAUUUGGUUCAGAAGAAUUUGCAAUAAAUGAAUUUAAUAUUAUGAGAAUUUUAUUUCAUCCUAAUGUGGUUUGUCUAUUAGACAGUUUUAGAGUUCAUACCUACAGAAAAGGAAAAGUGAAAUGCCAUAGAAAUCAAAAAGCAAGAAAUGAAAAUGUAUCGGCAGAAUAUGAUUUCAGUUUUCAGAGACACAGAAAAGUAGAAAGAAAUCAGUACUCUCCAUCUCUUGAUACAAUAGAAAGAAAUAAUAAAUAUAAAAAUUUGAUUGCAAAAAAUUAUAUAACUAUUGAAGAUUUAGAAAAAGAUUUAGUUCUUUAUAAUAUAGAUAAAGAUAAUUUAAAAGAUACAAAAUUUAACACUGUGAAUAGAAAUAUUAAAAGUUUAAGAAGUUAUAAUAAUGAUAUUAAUAACAGUAAUAAUCAUAGUUAUUCUUCUACAACAUGCAAAAAAGAUAUAAAAAAGGAGAGAAGCAAUGAUAUUUCUUCUAAUCAUCUAAGAAAAAAAAUGAAAACAUCGGUAUGUAAAAAUUGCUUAAAUAGAAAUGAUACAAAUAAAACAAAAAAUAAAAGUUUAGAUAAAUUAAAAUUUAGAAAACAUUCCAAAAAAUUAAAAAAAAUAGAAAGUAAAAAUAAUGAUUAUAUUGAAAACUGGGAUUUGUUUCUAGUAAUAGAAAAGUGUGAUUGUAGUUUAAAUGAUAUUUUAAAUAAAGCAAAAAAGAAGCAUUCGUUAUUUAUUCAACACAUUAAGCAAUGUACAGCUCAAUAUUUACCUAGUGAAAGAAUAGAUAUGUGUUAUGAUCAUAUACAUAAUUAUGUGAAAUAUGUAUAUUUGCCUUUAAAAAAAAUUGAAAACCGUUCAUUUUAUCCAGAAAUGCCAUCUUUAACAGAAAUGCAAACAAAAGUGAUAAUAUAUCAAAUGUUACAAGGAAUAAAUCAUUUUCAUAAAAAAUUUAUAAUACAUAGAGACAUCAAACCCGCCAAUACUCUUAUCAAAAAUAUUCAGUAUUUAUCAGAUGGUUUAAAUGAUUCUAAAGAAUGGAUAGUUAAAAUUGCUGAUUUUGGGUUAGGUGUAUAUGAUCAUUUCUUAAAAGCAGAAACAAAAGAUUGUAAUAUUAUCACUUUACAAUAUAGACCACCUGAAAUAUUAUGUAACAGUACUGUUUAUAAUUACUCUGUUGAUAUAUGGUCUGUUGGUAUAACAAUGUGUGAAUGUUUAUUAGGAUUUGUUCCAGUAACAUCUAAGUUUGAAUCAUCUGUUUUAUUUAAAAUUUUAGUCUUUAGAGGAUUACCAGAUCAAAAUUUCGAUGAUUUAUUAAAAAAGGAAUUUAUUGGAGAAUUACCAAAAUUUAAAACUGACAGAAUUAAAAUGUUACAAAUUAUUUUCACAGAUAUAUAUGGUAGAAGAAUUUUAGGUGAUGAUGGUAUUGAUUUAAUUGAUCAAUUUUUAAGUUAUGAUUAUAAAAAUAGAAUUACAGCAAAUCAAGCAUUAAAACAUAAAUGGUUUGAAGAUGUUCAUCUUUAUUUAAAUGAUGACUUAUUGAGAUAUUAUAAGAAAAACGGAACUUACUAUUUUUAA